AUGGCAAGUGAUGCGCCACCCCUGGUUCAGGCCAACAAAACAGCCUCACCAAGCCCCAGCCAGACUGUUGUGAACCAGCCAGACCCCACCAUCCUGCACAGCAUGGCCUCUUCCAUGGACUUUGACCCACAGGAGGUGGAUGGGGGCACACAGGGGGAGAAGGACAUCAGCUUGGCUGCCCCAGUUCCAGGUCCAGAAGCAUCUGAUGCAAACUGGAAGGGCUCAGGGGAGACAGAGGAGAGCAGCAAGCUUCCCUCAGGAUCACCAGCAGCAGAAACAUCUACCAGGGCCACAGAGGCAGCGGUGGAGGGCAGCGCCCUUUCUCCCCUGGGUCCUGCAGCUGCAGAAACAUCCAUUCCAGCAAAGGAAAGUGGCAGGGCUGUAAAGACCAAGUUGAUACCACCUCAUCCACCAUGGGCAGCAGAAGAAUCUCGCAGGCAGGGAGGAGGCAGGCAGUCCAAACAAACUGGUCCUCAUCCACGUCCCCCGUCGCCUCCAGAGCCAGCAUGCCUUUACUACUCAGGCAGAUCUGCGAGGCGUGCACGCCAUAAGCAAGGACACAGGAUUUGUGGGUAUGACAGCCUCUUUUUUGCCACCAAAUUGGACAUUUUGAAGGCUGUGGAACACCCAAACAUUGUGAAGCUCUACGAGGUGGUAGAAACAGAGGAGCCAUUGUACUUGGUGAUGGAGUACUCCUUGGAUCACCUGCAAAAGGUGGACAGGCUGGGGGAGGAGGAGGCCAGGCCUGUGUUCAGGCAGAUCUUGAGGGCGGUCAAAUACUGCCAUGACAAUGGCAUUGCGCACAGAGACAUCAAGGCAGAGAACAUCCUUCUGGACCGCAGGGGCACAGCCAAGUUAUGUGACUUUGGCAUGAGUACGUGGUUCCUGCCCGGGCAGCAGCUGGAUGAGGAGUGCGGGACUCUGGCCUACUGGGCCCCUGAGAUGAUCAAGCAGCAGAGUUACCAGGGCCCCAAGGUGGAUGUUUGGAGCCUGGUGGUGCUGCAGUACUUUACAGUCAUGGGCGACAUGCCCUAUAAAGGCAGGUCAUGGGUUGUACUCAAAAAACCAUGGAUUAGGGGGCAAGUUCAUAAUACAAAAAUUCUUUCCCUCUGA